AUGACAUUACCACCAUUGGAACAGAAUACACCAUUUUCUCAAAGUUCAACUGUAUCAAUCAAUCAAUUCGAAGAUAUUGAAUUACUGACAGAUGAACCAAAAGCUACAAGAUUCUUCGAAAAUAUAUUUAAAUUUCCUCAAUGCUUUAAUAAGAGUCAACAAAUUAUGUCUCUACCUCAGAUUAAGACAGAGAUAACAUCAACUAUUGUUGAAAAUCAAGAGAAUGGUUUGAUAAAUACGCUUCCACCAACUAAUAAGCUCGCAGUUGAAAAUGGCAAAUUUGGAUUUUUGAAAAACAUCAAAUCGAUCUUCAGUUCCAACAAAAUUCAAGUAAUUUAUCUGGAUUCCAUUUCAUGUUCGAAAGAAGAUUUUGAAGAGAUUUUUAGUACAGCUAAAACUUCAGAGACAUUGGGUAUUCGAUUUAGAAGAUUUUUCAACUUGGGGAGUAUUAAGCAAAAGAUAGGCGAGUCAAUUGAAGUUCACAGUUUGAAUUCACACAAAUUUAAAGAUGCUUUAGAUAGCUUAGGAUUAACACCAGCAAAAUCAAAACCUAAAAAACUUAUGAAUUUAAAAUCAAUAUCGAUGCCAGACCUUAGAAAACCAGAACCCCAAAAAGUAUGUGAUGAAGAAAUUAUAAGUAAGACUGUUAAUUUAGAAUUACCAGUCGAAGUGAAUAGAAAAGAUGAAGAAUUAGUUGAUCCAGAUUUUGAUCCAUAUAGUCCAAUUUAUGAAUUACCAACUUCAACUCCAUCACUUAAAAGAGUUUUUUAUCAACAUGAUGAUUUUUUGAACUGGGAAUUACCUUAUUCUGAUGCAAAACCAGAUAAAUUGAUGGAUAAAUUUAUACCAUUAAGAUCAUCACCUACAAAAGUUAAAAAAAUAGAUCAAAAAAAGGGUCUUUCUGAAAGUAAGGUGUUUUCAUCAAAUUUUAACAGACUUCAAGAUAUGCAAGCUUUUAAAGAAGCUAAAUUUAUUGACUCUCCAAAUUUUAGAUUUGAUUUUGAGAAUAAAGAAAAUGAGUUAAUUAUCAAUGAAUUAGGUGCUAAUUUUGAUGAGAAAAAACAUGAUGAUGAAUUUUUUUGUAUUCAUAGCUAUCCAUAUGCGGUAACAGAAGAGUAA